CAUCGUGGCUGCGCCUAAGCGACUUGGACUUUCACCAACAACCAUGCCUCUCUUCAACCGCGCAAAGAAGCGUGGUGACACCUCCGACAAUGGCCAGGACCAGAACGGAGAGCGUAAGAAGGAGAAAGGAGGCUGGAGGAAACCAGCAAAUACUGCGUUCAAACAGCAGCGUCUCAAGGCGUGGCAGCCUAUCUUGACGCCAAAAACGGUUCUACCGACCUUGUUCAUUAUUGGCAUCAUCUUUGCACCGAUAGGCGGCUUGUUGGUGUGGGGUAGCAGUCUUGUGUCGGAAAUGACAUUCGACUAUACGACUUGUUGGAAUCAAACGUCUGCGACGUCACCCGGCACCCUAGCCUUCACGAACAUGCCCUAUACAUACAGCCUACGAUCAUCAGACUCGGACAAAACAGUCCCAACUCCCCAAUUCGCUUACUAUCGUAAUGACGCAGCACCAGAGGAUCAGAAACAUUCAUGCUACAUCAAAUUCACUAUCGUAUCCGACCUGGCUGCACCAGUGUUCCAGUAUUACAAGCUCACUAACUUUUACCAGAACAACCGCCGAUAUGUGCAGAGUUUAGAUACCUCUCAAUUGCAGGGAGACUAUGUCUCGCCGGAUACUCUCAGUGGCAGUAAUUGCAAGCCUCUUGGCGUCGACGCGGACGGGAAGGCUAUCUACCCCUGCGGACUGAUCGCCAACUCUGUUUUCAAUGACACUUUCUCUGGGUUUACACCUACAAUAAAUUCUCCAAACAACACCAAUUAUACUUUUACGUCGUCUGGCAUCGCCUGGCCCGGAGAGGCUAAGAAAUACAGCGCCACGUCGGGUUAUACUAAUAACCUGGAUCAGGUCGUCCCUCCUCCGAACUGGGUGCUGCGCUACCCAAGCUACGCAAACGGUUCGAUACCAAACCUGCAAGAGGACGAGCACUUCCAGAACUGGAUGCGAACGGCAGGUCUGCCGACAUUCACCAAGCUCUAUGGGCGCAACGACACUGGGACUCUGCUUGCGGGCGAAUAUCAAGUCCUUGUCUACAUGAAUUAUCCAGUUCAGGGCUAUAAGGGAACAAAAUCUUUUGUCAUUUCCACGGUGUCUUGGAUAGGUGGCAAGAACCCAUUCCUGGGUUGGGCUUAUGUUGCAGCGUCGGGUGUCUUUGUGUUCCUUGCAUUAGCGGGAACUAUCCGACACCUUCUCAAGCCGAGACGUUUGGGAGAUAUGUCACUGUUGUCUUGGAACCGAUAGAGCAUGUUGGAUUUCACGAACACUCCCGAUGCCGUCGCAGCUUAUAAUGACGAAACCUGAUGGAUUCUCCUCGAGAUGAAAUGAGAUCG